GCAGGAAGUACAGUUUGCAAAAUCAUAGAUUCUAACGCCCAAAAAAAAAUCCGAAAAGAAAGAGAUCGUGUAUUUACAAAUGCAAUUUCCCACUCAUUUCCCCCAGCUAGAUAGAUAGCAAUUAUCAAUUUAGCAUAGCAGGGUGACUGUGUCCUAUGAUUAUGAUUUUGCAGGCAUUGGCAAUAACCCCCCCGCCACACGCGACGUUUCCUACCACCUCACGUGCCUGCGCAAAAUGGAUGGUCCAUCUUCCCCGUCAAUCCUCACCUGCUCCGUUUCCAACAUCCCGGCCGCUACAUGUGCGGUCACUCCCCCCCAUCAGAAACUGCACGUCGUUACCAUUUAUCGAUCUCAAAGCUGGCAAAGGAAUGAGUGGGUUAGUGGAAGUGGAGCUAAAAGUGCGUGAUUACGAGCUGGAUCAAUUCGGAGUCGUCAACAAUGCUGUUUACGCCAGUUAUUGCCAACAUGGUCGUCAUGAGCUUUUGGAGAGGAUUGGUGUCAGUGCUGAUGUAGUUGCUCGCACUGGCGAUGCUUUGGCACUGUCAGAAUUGUCACUCAAAUUCCUCGCCCCGCUAAGAAGUGGAGACAGGUUUGUUGUAAAGGUAAGGAUCUCUGGUUCCUCUGCUGCUCGCCUAUACUUUGAACACUUCAUUUUCAGACUGCCAAAUGAAGAGCCUAUUCUGGAAGCAAAAGCAACAGCUGCCUGGCUUGACAAAAAAUAUCGUCCAGUUCGCAUUCCACCUGAAUUCAGAUCUAAAUUUGUUCAGUUCCUUCGGCAUGAGGAGUCUUAAGUAAAUUUAUUGUGACAAGGAAUCAGACAAAUUUGUUAUUCAUUACCAAUUGUAAUUGGUAAGAUAAUUCUCAGUUUCACUUGCAAUUCACUAAGAAUAAUUAGAGGAAGAACAAAAAAUGAUGAAGGUAAUAGGAUAGUGCUCAUAGAAUUACAUCUAAUAUACCUAGGAAACCUCUUGACCACGAAUGGAAAGUCAUGUUGCUUGUAAUUUAUCAAAUUUGCACACCUCCUUCGCGUCUCUGAUUAAUUAUGUUAGUUCGCAUUGAAGAGAAUGUUGGCACUUUUUAAUAUAUAAUUUCUGAUUAUGUU